AUGCUCAACAAGUUGCACGGCCAGCCUGACAGCUAUGACCGCAAGUCACGCUACAAGUUUGGAAAGACACUGGGUGCUGGAACCUAUGGUAUCGUUCGAGAGGCCGACUGCCCGGACGGCAAGGUCGCGGUCAAGAUCAUCCUGAAGAAGAAUGUCCGCGGCAACGAGCAGAUGGUCUACGACGAGCUGGAGAUGCUGCAGAAAAUGAAGCACCCGCACAUUGUCAAAUUUCAUGACUGGUUCGAGUCGAGGGACAAGUACUACAUCGUGACCCAAUUGGCGACUGGAGGAGAGCUUUUCGACCGCAUUUGCGAAAAGGGAAAGUUCACUGAGAAGGACGCUGCCGAGACGAUCCGUCAGGUCCUCGAUGCAGUAAACUACCUCCACCAGCACAACUGCGUCCACAGAGAUCUCAAACCCGAGAACCUGCUCUACCUUACACGCGAACCCAACUCUUCCCUUGUCCUGGCUGAUUUCGGUAUCGCCAAGAUGCUCGACUCGAAGCACGAGGUGCUAACUACCAUGGCUGGCUCCUUUGGAUAUGCGGCACCUGAAGUUAUGCUGAAGAAGGGACAUGGCAAGCCUGUCGAUAUGUGGUCCAUGGGAGUCAUCACCUACACACUGCUUUGCGGUUACUCUCCAUUCAGGUCCGAGAACCUCGCAGACCUGAUCGAGGAGUGCAAGAACGGCCGUGUCAUCUUCCACGAGCGCUACUGGAAGGAAGUCAGCAAAGACGCAAAGGACUUCAUUACACAGUUGCUGCAGCCCGACCAGAACAAGAGGCCAACUAGCGAGGCUGCGCUCAAGCACGUAUGGCUCAGCGGCAAGACUGCUAGCGACCACAACUUGCUGCCCGAGAUUCGUGCAUACGUUGCGAAGGCUCGUCUCAAGCGCGGUAUCGAGCUCGUUAAGCUUGCGAAUCGUAUCGAGGCUCUGAAGAUGCAGGAGGAUGAGGAAGAGGGAGUGCCUGGCGAGGCAGACGUGCCUGCUAACGCACUGGAGACUGCCGGUGAGGCAAUCGCAAACCACACAACCAGCAAGUCCUUAAAGACAACAGACAAUCCGACUGGCACUGGCGCUAGCACCACCGGUAAAGGACCUGGUCGUCUGAGCAGGAUUGCGAAGGGCGCCAUCUUCCGCGAAGUUGUGCUUGCCAAGGUGCGCGAGAUGAAGGAGCAAGAAGCGCAAAAGGAAUUUGAAAAGACAGCGACCGAGGCAGCUUCAUCCAAGAAGAGCUGA